CAGUGGUAUGGGCUUUGAUGGAGCCCGAGCGGGUAGCAAAGUGAUGGUGUAAGGACUCGGGAGUCUCAGAGGUGCCUGCGCGUGGAAUGUUGCACUGGUCGGUGCACCUAGAAGGAGGGCCGCGGAGAGUCAACCAUGCUGCUGUGGCGGUGGGGCACAAGGUUUACUCCUUUGGAGGCUACUGCUCCGGGGAGGACUACGAGACCCUCCGUCAGAUCGAUGUGCACGUCUUUAACACAGUGUCCCUGCGCUGGAUGAAGCUGCCCCCCGUGAGGACAGGAGGACACGAGCGCGCCCGUGAAGUACCAUACAUGCGUUACGGCCACACAGCUGUGCUGCUGGAGGAUACGAUCUAUCUCUGGGGUGGGCGCAACGACACAGAGGGGGCCUGCAAUGUGCUUUACGCCUUUGAUGUCAAUACCCACAGAUGGCACACGCCCAAGAUUUCAGGGACAGUUCCCGGAGCGCGGGACGGCCACUCAGCCUGCGUCUUAGGGAAGGCGAUGUAUAUAUUUGGAGGAUAUGAGCAGCUGGCCGACUGCUUCUCCAACGACAUCCACAAGCUGGACACCACCGCCAUGGUUUGGUCGUUAAUAAAUGCCAGAGGCCCGCCGGCACGAUGGAGAGACUUCCACUCAGCCACCAUCAUAGGGACAAAAAUGUUUGUAUUUGGAGGGAGGGCAGAUCGCUUCGGUCCCUUCCACUCCAACAACGAGAUCUACUGCAACAAGAUCAAGGUGUUCGACACGGAGACCAACUGCUGGCUGAGCACUCCUUUAACGCAGCCGUUACCAGAAGGACGGAGGAGCCACUCAGCCUUCGCGUACAACGGGGAGCUCUACAUAUUUGGAGGUUACAACGCCCGUCUGGACCGACACUUCAACGAUCUCUGGAAGUUCAAUCCAGAAGCGUUCUCCUGGAAGAAAGUCGAGCCCAAAGGGAAAGGUCCAUGUCCGAGGAGGCGUCAGUGUUGCUGUAUGGUCGGAGAUCGAAUUAUUCUUUUCGGAGGAACCAGCCCCUGCCCAGAGCAAGGAAUGGGGGACGAGUUCAACCUCAUGGAUCAUUCCGACUUGUAUAUCUUAGACUUCAGCCCCAAUUUGAAGACAUUAUGCAAAUUAGCUGUUAUUCAGUACAGUCUGGAGCAGUCGGGACUCCCACAUGAUAUCAGAUGGGAACUGGCAGCCAUGACAACCAACAGCAACAUCAGCAGGCCCAUCUUCUCCUCACAUGGUUGACCCGGCUCGUUUUAAACCAGAACUCUGUUUCCAGGAAGUGAACUUUAUGUCAACUAGCCUCCAGCGGACAGCGUUGGGCUGCUCUGGAUCCAGUUUAUUUCCGGGUUUCUACAAGCGCUCACUUCUGACCAAAUGAUCCUGCGUCAAGACGUUCGUGGACACCGUUGGCCUCGCUGCGCGGAAGAAUAUUUGAAUAAGACUCUAGCUGUGUGAGAGGAAGGUCGUUGAUGCCUGUUGAACAUUUUUUCUGUUCUUUCUAGCCUCUGUAGGAGUUCAAUCAGCCUAUGAUAAUCAUAGACUCUGAAUCUUAAGCACAGGAAGAGACGAGAACUUCUGCCAAAGGUCUUCAGAGUUAACCUUCAAGGAAGAUGUGAAACUCUUUGAAAAGUUCUGUCUUAGUCGUAACAUCGUGUUAAUCCACAAUCUUUAUGAGCCAACAUGACUGUCUGGUGAUGUUUGUGUUUGGGUCAAGGAGGCAGCGUAUUCAGGACUGCGGUGCAGGAGCGGUACGCCUCUAAAAGUUCAUUUGGACUCGUUGACGUUGUGCAUGAACAGUAUCCUACUGCUGUCGGGUGUUUCUGCAACACGGAUGAAGAAAGCUGCAAAACAAUCAUGGCCGUCUACCUCCCUCACAAGUAUUCAUUCUUGGGUCUUUCGGACAUCAUUUGACUUGUGCUGUUCCACAGAUAAAAUGAAGUACAGUUGAUUUUUCACCGACAGCUUUUGAAGGGAAUCCUACGAAUGCUCUGAAGCACGCUGGCGAUACUGGUUCUGGCCCAGUUUGCUCAUUCUCGUGUGGGAAACCGUCACUAAUAUGCAUAAAAUCGUUCCAGUUUUAUAGACAAUCGUUCAGCUUUUAGAGAAACGUCUCACGACUGGUUUGUUCCUAGGAAAAGUAAAUAGCUUAAAGACAAAAUGGGGGGUGGGGGUGGUGUUACGCUCUAUUUAAUUGUUUUCAUCGUUAAUUUUCACAAAGACCAAAACUGUGUGGAUCCAUCUUGAGACACUUCCCUGGCUUGUUGCUGUUAGCCCCGACUUUAUUUGUUUCUGCUGAUCACUAGCAACCAGCCGAAGUCCGUUACUUUAGCAGCUAUUGUAGAUCAUUGGUUCCCAACACUGGUCCUCGAGGAACACCAUAUUGCAUGUUGUACUCGUUUCUUUGCUUUGACACACCUGAUGUGAAUGAAUGAGGGAUUAACCGGCUUCUGCAGAACUCGAGGAACCAAUCAAAUCACUGAAUCUGGUGCGUUGGAGCAGAGAAGCAACGGAAACGUGCAGGAUGGUGUUCCUCAGGGACCACGAUUGGGAACCACUGUGUUAGUCUGCAACUGUUUGAGGCUGGUUAGCAGCAGCUACCCACCACAUUUCUAACUUUAUUUCAUGUAGUAUGAAGAUAGGCAGAUUUGUCAGAUUAUUUGUCGAGUCACGGAUGUGUUUUCAGUCAGCGGAGAGCUCCAUGGCUCUGGAGACGCCCACAACAGCUGACAAUUUACAAAAUCAAUAUGUACGCGUCAGGGCUGAGAAACCCCGUAAACGUCAUUACGUUAAAGUUUCUCCUUCGAAUUCCGUUUCCCGACCAGUCGCCAACAGUUGCAGCUCGCUGUAGCCAAACCGCUUCAUGCUGGGGGGGGGGUCUCCAGAACGUCUCGAGUCUUACAAAUCGAGAACUUCGGCUGCGAUUUUCACUCAGAACGUAGCCGCACGGCUCGAUUGUCACUUGACCACACGAGUUUGGUGAGACUGGAGCAACUAUCCUGCCACUUUGAAGGAUUUCUUUCCAGCAAUUAGUCCCAGCCCAGUGAGAUGGCACCUUACAGCAGCGGGGUUGGGUAUACUUUGUUUGAUUAUGAGUUGGGAUAGAUGAGAAAAAUUGGAACGGAUAAACAAACGCAGUCCUCAUUUGAGAGAACAUCAUUCUGUCAGAUUAGAAGAAAAGCAGCGUUGGGAAUGACUUGGUGAGGACUUGAAGGCUGGAAGAACCGUCUAAAUGCUGCUUUUUUAAUGUUAACUUUUAUUUAUUACCAGGUCCUGAGUCGUAUAUCUCAUCUACCACAGGCUCUUCUCUCCUGGCCUUGGGCUUAAAUCUCCUCUGUCCUCUCCAGUUGGCUGCUUUCAAGGAACAUCAGCGAGGCCCUGGGUCCCAGAUAUCAGCACCUUCGUCCAAGAAAAGUUUCCACAACGCAGUAAAAGCCUUUUUGUAAACGCCUCCGUGAGACACGUCCAAGCUGCUUUUAGCUCAGGUGGAGCUCAGAGUUUCAGACGUUCAUCUGCCCAAACCAACGUUUAUCAUUAUUUACAAACCAGCAGUGCCAACGUGACCCAGUGGGUCCUGCACUCUGACACACACGCGACUGGUUUUCUCAGAAGGCUUCGCCACGGCUAGUUUAGUGAAUGAACACGGAUGAAGACAAAAGAACAAUCCUCUGAACAAAUCAGACUUUUUGCGUGACCUGAUUGUUGUUGUGUGUGUGAGACGGUUGUGAAUAUAUUCAGUAAAACAGGAAGACGACGUUAAAUUAAAGGACAAGUUCACUCUGACGACUUUUAAAGAGAUGCAGUUUCUUGAUUAGUAUUUUUUCUAAUUCAAACCUUGUUGAGGAGGCUUUAGUAAAGAAUCGUGUUGGUGUGUGUAGGGACUCAGAACCGUGUGGACUUUACGCCGACAGGAUUCAGGACUUCACAGAAAGAACAAAUUAUAAAGCGUUUGUUUCCUUUUAGAGGCUCCCGAGGCUUACCGUUUUAUUUUGUUUGACCGUCUGAUAAGUGACACGGACCUCCUGUGCAAUAUGCUUUAUAAUUGUAUUAAAUAUAAGUUUCA